AUGGAAGAGUUAAUCGUUGAACUGCGGCUCUUCCUGGAACUGCUGGACCACGAGCACCUGACGUCCACCGUCCGUGAGAAGAAAGCCGUGAUUGCCAGCAUUCUGCUGAGGAUCCAAGCCUCCAGAGGUUCCGAGGGCAAGGACCAUGUUCAGAAGGUGGAGCACGCCCACCAGCUCGCCAGCAGCCUGCCAGCCCCUCCCCAGCUGCCGCUGCCCGAGAUCCCACAGCCCUGGCUGCCUCCGGACAGUGGCCCGCCACCUCUGCCCACCUCUUCUCUCCCUGAGGGCUACUACGAGGAAGCUGUGCCACUGAGCCCUGGGAAAGCACCGGAGUACAUCACAUCCAAUUAUGACUCAGAUGCAAUGAGCAGCUCCUACGAGUCCUACGAUGAGGAGGAAGAGGAGGGGAAGGGGAAGGACACGCGGCAUCAGUGGCCAUCCGAGGAGGCCUCCAUGGACCUGGUGAAGGACGCCAAGAUCUGUGCCUUCCUGCUGCGGAAGAAGCGCUUCGGACAGUGGACCAAACUACUCUGCGUCAUCAAAGAUUCCAAGCUGCUGUGCUACAAGAGCUCCAAGGACCAGCAGCCGCAGAUGGAGCUGUCCCUGCAGGGCUGCAGCGUCUCCUACACCCCCAAGGACGGCAAGAAGAAGAAGCAUGAGCUGAGGGUCAGCCAGCCCGGGAUGGACCCCCUGGUGCUGGCCGUGCAGAGCCGGGAGCAGGCGGAACAGUGGCUCAAGGUGAUAAAGGAAGUCUACAGUGGGUGCAGCAUGCCCGUGGAGGCCGAGUGCUCUGCUCCCUGCAGCUCCCCCGUGCACAAGGCCGAGCUGGAGAAGAAGCUGUCCUCAGAGCGGCCGAGCUCCGACGGGGAGGGUGCCACAGAGAACGGCACAGCCAUGUCCAAUGGGAAGGAGCCAGUGAAGAGGAAGAAGAGCUCGAAAGCAGAGGGCAAGGGCACAGUGUCCAAGGUGACCGGGGCCAAGCUCACCAAGAUCAUUGGGCUGGGGAAGAAGAAGCCAUCCACAGACGAGCAGACCUCAUCGGCCGAGGAGGAUGUGCCCACCUGUGGCUACCUGAAUGUGCUGUCCAACAGCCGCUGGCGGGAGCGCUGGUGUCGCGUGAGGGACAACAAGCUAGUGCUGCACAAGGACCGGACGGACCUCAAGACCCACCUGGCCUCCAUCCCUCUCCGGGGCUGCGAGGUCAUCCCGGGGCUGGGCCCCAAGCACCCCCUCACUUUCCGGCUGCUGCGCAAUGGCCAGGAGGUCGCUGUCCUUGAGGCCUCAUCCUCUGAAGACAUGGGCCGGUGGGUUGGGAUCCUGCUGGCAGAGACCGGCUCGUCCACAGACCCCGGGGCGCUGCACUAUGACUACAUUGACGUGGAGACCUCGGCCAACGUCAUCCAGACAGCCAAGCAGACCUUCUGCUUCAUGAGCCGGCGCGGGGUCUCCGUCAACCCCUACCUUGGGAGCACCUCCAACGGCUACGCGCACCCCAGCGGCGCGGCCCUGCAUUACGACGACGUCCCCUGCAUCAACGGCUCGUGGGACCCCGAAGACGGCCUCCCUGCCCCCCGCAGAGAAGAGACGCUGUACGAUAACGCGGGCCUCUAUGAUAACUUGCCGUCCCCGAAAAUCUUUGCUCGCUACCCGCCUGCUGAGAGAAGGGCUUCUCGGGGUUCUCCUGACAGACUGGCUUCUAACCACCCCCGGCACCCCGCCUCGCCUGGCCUCGCCAACCCCCUGCUUCUCACUAACACCUCUUCUCUGGGGAGGGCGGCUCUUGGGCUCAGCCCCCAGUUCAAGGGGAAGAAGCCCCCCACCACGUCCAAUGGGGUCACAGGGAAAGGGAAGACCCUGAGCUGUCCGCAGAAGAAGGCUGACCCCUCGGCCAGCGUGAAGCGAACGCCCUCCAAUGCUGACCAGUACAAAUAUGGCAAGAACCGGGUGGAGGCAGACGCCAAGCGGCUCCAGACCAAGGAGGAGGAGCUCCUGAGGCGGAAGGAGACCCUGCGGGCCCGGCUGGCCCAGCUGCGGAAGGAGCGGAAGGACCUGCGGGCGGCCAUGGACGCCAACACAGGCAAGAAGACACAGGUGGCCCUGGAGGACAAGCUCAAGAAGCUGGAGGAGGACUGUAAGCAGAAGGAGGCGGAGCGUGUCAACCUGGAGCUGGAGCUGACCGAGGUCAAGGAGAGCCUGAAGAAGGCGCUGGCAGGGGGCAUCACGCUGGGGCUGGCCAUCGAGCCCAGGUCAGGGACCUCCAGUCCACAGUCUCCUGGGUUCAGGCACCGGACACUGGAAAACUCGCCCAUCUCCAGCUGUGACACGAGUGACACCGAGGGCUCCGUGCCGGUCAACAGUGCUGCUGUCCUGCGGACACGGCCACCCACCUCUGGCAACUCCCCAUGCCGGGGCCACGUGCUGCGCAAGGCCAAGGAAUGGGAACUGAAGAACGGGACAUAG